CCGGAAACAUUGUAGUUCAUUUCCUCUGACUAUUCACCCCUAAGCAGCUAGCUAGUUUAGCUACAUUGCACGGAGACCUGAGAAGCAUUAAACACUGUUUUUCCCAGUUUUGCAUGUCCAAUAAACAGACAGGCCCCACAGUCGGCACAAACAUGUCGCACACAAUUUUGCUUGUUCAACCGACCAAGAGACCCGAGGGCCGCACUUACGCUGACUACGAGUCGGUGAAUGAAUGUAUGGAAGGUGUUUGCAAAAUGUAUGAAGAGCAUCUUAAGAGGAUGAAUCCAAACAGUCCGUCCAUCACUUACGACAUUAGUCAGUUGUUUGACUUCAUUGACGACUUGGCCGAUCUGAGCUGUCUUGUGUACAGAACUGACACUCAAACGUACCAACCGUACAACAAAGACUGGAUCAAGGAGAAGAUAUAUGUCCUCCUGCGGCGUCAGGCUCAGCAGGCAGCAAAGUAAAGGCAUCGGUGUGGAGUUGUCCGGCCACACACACUUGGAAGGAGUUUAUACUGCACUGUAUUUCCACUGUGUCUUGAAGACCUUUGUUAAAGGACACCAUUGUCAGUUUGACAAGGGGAGGGUUUUCAUAUUAUACUGUAUAUGGGAAAAUGAAAGGGUUUGAAAACUGGGGGGGGGAUUUGACGCUUCAUUUAGAAUUAGAGUCCUGCUCUGCAGCAUACAUGUUAAAAUGCUCAACGGGUUAGGUAAAAACUUUUUGUCAAAUAUUUGGUAAUGUGCUUUCAGUUUACCCAAAAGUUGUGGACUUCUUUUUUUGAUGUACCAUUUACAUUGCUGUUUUAUUUGAAGAUGCUGUGGAUUUUAAAUGCAGAUGCUUACUUUUCGAAUGCCUGCAGACUGACCAAUCCAUUCAUGUAACAGAUCCCAUACGAUUUCUUUUCCGUAUUUUAUCUGUUAUUGUCACUAUAUCCUACCAUUAUUAUAUAAAAUCUUUUUUUUAUGUUUUGCGUAGUAUCUGAUUUUAACUAUCCACAUUGUUUUCUUUUAUUCUACCAAAAUAAACUAUUGUUUUCAGA